AUGCUCAUUCCCAUGCUCAUUCCCAUGCUCAUUCCCAUGCUCAUUCCCAUGCUCAUUCCCAUGCUCAUUCCCAUGCUCAUUCCCAUGCUCAUUCCCAUGCUCAUUCCCAUGCUCAUUCCCAUGCUCAUUCCCAUGCUCAUUCCCAUGCUCAUUCCCAUGCUCAUACCCCAUGCUCAUCCCAUGCUCAUCCCAUGCUCAUCCCCCCAUGCUCAUUCCCAUGCUCAUCCCCAUGCUCAUUCCCAUGCUCAUUCCCAUGCUCAUCCCCAUGCUCAUUCCCAUGCUCAUUCCCAUGCUCAUUCCCAUGCUCAUUCCCAUGCUCAUUCCCAUGCUCAUUCCCAUGCUCAUUCCCAUGCUCAUUCCCAUGCUCAUUCCCAUGCUCAUUCCCAUGCUCAUUCCCAUGCUCAUUCCCAUGCUCAUUCCCAUGCUCAUUCCCAUGCUCAUUCCCAUGCUCAUUCCCAUGCUCAUUCCCAUGCUCAUUCCCAUGCUCAUUCCCAUGCUCAUUCCCAUGCUCAUUCCCAUGCUCAUUCCCAUGCUCAUUCCCAUGCUCAUUCCCAUGCUCAUUCCCAUGCUCAUUCCCAUGCUCAUUCCCAUGCUCAUUCCCAUGCUCAUUCCCAUGCUCAUUCCCAUGCUCAUCCCCAUGCUCAUCCCCAUGCUCAUUCCCAUGCUCAUUCCCAUGCUCAUUCCCAUGCUCAUUCCCAUGCUCAUUCCCAUGCUCAUUCCCAUGCUCAUUCCCAUGCUCAUUCCCAUGCUCAUUCCCAUGCUCAUUCCCAUGCUCAUCCCCAUGCUCAUCCCCAUGCUCAUCCCCAUGCUCAUCCCCAUGCUCAUCCCCAUGCUCAUCCCCAUGCUCAUCCCCAUGCUCAUCCCCAUGCUCAUCCCCAUGCUCAUCCCCAUGCUCAUCCCCAUGCUCAUCCCCAUGCUCAUCCCCAUGGCUCAUCCCAUGCUCAUCCCCAUGCUCAUCCCCAUGCUCAUCCCCAUGCUCAUCCCAUGCUCAUCCCCAUGCUCAUCCCCAUGCUCAUCCCCAUGCUCAUCCCCAUGCUCAUCCCCAUGCUCAUCCCCAUGCUCAUCCCCAUGCUCAUCCCCAUGCUCAUCCCCAUGCUCAUUCCCAUGCUCAUCCCCAUGCUCAUCCCCAUGCUCAUCCCCAUGCUCAUCCCCAUGCUCAUCCCAUGCUCAUCCCCAUGCUCAUCCCCAUGCUCAUCCCCAUGCUCAUCCCCAUGCUCAUCCCCAUGCUCAUCCCCAUGCUCAUUCCCAUGCUCCAUUCCCCAUGCUCAUCCCCAUGCUCAUCCCCAUGCUCAUCCCCAUGCUCAUCCCCAUGCUCAUCCCCAUGCUCAUCCCCAUGCUCAUUCCCAUGCUCAUUCCCAUGCUCAUCCCAUGCUCAUCCCCAUGCUCAUCCCCAUGCUCAUCCCCAUGCUCAUUCCCAUGCUCAUCCCCAUGCUCAUCCCCAUGCUCAUUCCCAUGCUCAUCCCCAUGCUCAUUCCCAUGCUCAUCCCCAUGCUCAUCCCCAUGCUCAUCCCCAUGCUCAUCCCCAUGCUCAUCCCCAUGCUCAUCCCCAUGCUCAUCCCCAUGCUCAUCCCCAUGCUCAUCCCCAUGCUCAUCCCAUGCCUCAUUCCCAUGCUCAUCCCCAUGCUCAUUCCCAUGCUCAUCCCCAUGCUCAUUCCCAUGCUUUCCCAUUCCCCCAUGCUCAUCCAUGCUCAUCCCAUGCUCAUUCCCAUGCUCAUCCCCAUGCUCAUUCCCAUGCUCAUCCCAUGCUCAUCCCCAUGCUCAUCCCCAUGCUCAUCCCCAUGCUCAUCCCCAUGCUCAUCCCCAUGCUCAUCCCCAUGCUCAUCCCCAUGCUCAUUCCCAUGCUCAUUCCCAUGCUCAUUCCCAUGCUCAUCCCAUGCUCAUCCCCAUGCUCAUCCCCAUGCUCAUUCCCCAUGCUCAUUCCCAUGCUCAUUCCCAUGCUCAUUCCCAUGCUCAUCCCCAUGCUCAUCCCCAUGCUCAUCCCCAUGCUCAUCCCAUGCUCAUCCCCAUGCUCAUCCCCAUGCUCAUCCCCAUGCUCAUCCCCAUGCUCAUCCCCAUGCUCAUCCCCAUGCUCAUUCCCAUGCUCAUCCCCAUGCUCAUUCCCAUGCUCAUCCCCAUGCUCAUUCCCAUGCUCAUUCCAUGCUCAUCCCCAUGCUCAUCCCCAUGCUCAUCCCCAUGCUCAUCCCCAUGCUCAUCCCCAUGCUCAUUCCCAUGCUCAUUCCCAUGCUCAUCCCCAUGCUCAUCCCCAUGCUCAUUCCCAUGCUCAUCCCCAUGCUCAUUCCCAUGCUCAUUCCCAUGCUCAUCCCCAUGCUCAUUCCCAUGCUCAUCCCCAUGCUCAUUCCCAUGCUCAUCCCCAUGCUCAUCCCCAUGCUCAUUCCCAUGCUCAUCCCCAUGCUCAUUCCCAUGCUCAUCCCCAUGCUCAUUCCCAUGCUCAUCCCCAUGCUCAUUCCCAUGCUCAUUCCCAUGCUCAUCCCCAUGCUCAUUCCCAUGCUCAUUCCCAUGCUCAUUCCCAUGCUCAUCCCCAUGCUCAUCCCCAUGCUCAUUCCCAUGCUCAUCCCCAUGCUCAUUCCCAUGCUCAUCCCCAUGCUCAUUCCCAUGCUCAUCCCCAUGCUCAUUCCCAUGCUCAUCCCCAUGCUCAUCCCCAUGCUCAUCCCCAUGCUCAUCCCCAUGCUCAUCCCCAUGCUCAUCCCCAUGCUCAUCCCCAUGCUCAUCCCCAUGCUCAUUCCCAUGCUCAUCCCCAUGCUCAUUCCCAUGCUCAUCCCCAUGCUCAUUCCCAUGCUCAUUCCCAUGCUCAUCCCCAUGCUCAUCCCCAUGCUCAUCCCCAUGCUCAUCCCCAUGCUCAUCCCCAUGCUCAUCCCCAUGCUCAUCCCCAUGCUCAUCCCCAUGCUCAUCCCCAUGCUCAUUCCCAUGCUCAUCCCCAUGCUCAUUCCCAUGCUCAUUCCCAUGCUCAUUCCCAUGCUCAUCCCCAUGCUCAUCCCCAUGCUCAUCCCCAUGCUCAUCCCCAUGCUCAUCCCCAUGCUCAUUCCCAUGCUCAUUCCCAUGCUCAUCCCCAUGCUCAUCCCCAUGCUCAUUCCAUGCUCAUCCCCAUGCUCAUUCCCAUGCUCAUUCCCAUGCUCAUCCCCAUGCUCAUUCCCAUGCUCAUCCCCAUGCUCAUCCCCAUGCUCAUCCCCAUGCUCAUCCCCAUGCUCAUCCCCAUGCUCAUCCCCAUGCUCAUCCCCAUGCUCAUUCCCAUGCUCAUCCCCAUGCUCAUCCCCAUGCUCAUCCCCAUGCUCAUCCCCAUGCUCAUCCCCAUGUUCAUUCCCAUGCUCAUCCCCAUGCUCAUCCCCAUGCUCAUUCCCAUGCUCAUUCCCAUGCUCAUCCCCAUGCUCAUCCCCAUGCUCAUCCCCAUGCUCAUCCCCAUGCUCAUCCCCAUGCUCAUCCCCAUGCUCAUCCCCAUGCUCAUCCCCAUGCUCAUCCCCAUGCUCAUUCCCAUGCUCAUCCCCAUGCUCAUUCCCAUGCUCAUCCCCAUGCUCAUUCCCAUGCUCAUUCCCAUGCUCAUCCCCAUGCUCAUCCCAUGCUCAUCCCCAUGCUCAUCCCCAUGCUCAUCCCCAUGCUCAUUCCCAUGCUCAUUCCCAUGCUCAUCCCCAUGCUCAUCCCCAUGCUCAUUCCCAUGCUCAUCCCCAUGCUCAUUCCCAUGCUCAUUCCCAUGCUCAUCCCCAUGCUCAUUCCCAUGCUCAUCCCAUGCUCAUCCCCAUGCUCAUCCCCAUGCUCAUCCCCAUGCUCAUCCCCAUGCUCAUCCCCAUGCUCAUCCCCAUGCUCAUCCCCAUGCUCAUCCCCAUGCUCAUCCCCAUGCUCAUCCCCAUGCUCAUCCCCAUGCUCAUCCCCAUGCUCAUCCCCAUGCUCAUCCAUGCUCAUCCCCAUGCUCAUCCCCAUGCUCAUCCCCAUGCUCAUCCCCAUGCUCAAUCCCCAUGCUCAUCCCCAUGCUCAUCCCCAUGCUCAUCCCCAUGCUCAUCCCCAUGCUCAUCCCCAUGCUCAUUCCCAUGCUCAUUCCCAUGCUCAUUCCCCAUGCUCAUUCCCCAUGCUCAUCCCCAUGCUCAUCCCCAUGCUCAUUCCCAUGCUCAUUCCCAUGCUCAUCCCCAUGCUCAUCCCAUGCUCAUCCCAUGCUCAUCCCAUGCUCAUCCCAUGCUCAUUCCCAUGCUCAUCCCCAUGCUCAUCCCAUGCUCAUCCCCAUGCUCAUCCCCCAUGCUCAUCCCCAUGCUCAUCACCAUGCUCAUCCCCAUGCUCAUCCCCAUGCUCUCCCAUGCUCAUCCCAUGCUCAUCCCCAUGCUCAUUCCCAUGCUCAUCCCCAUGCUCAUUCCCAUGCUCAUUCCCAUGCUCAUCCCCAUGCUCAUUCCCAUGCUCAUCCCCAUGCUCAUUCCCAUGCUCAUCCCCAUGCUCAUCCCCAUGCUCAUUCCCAUGCUCAUCCCCAUGCUCAUUCCCAUGCUCAUCCCCCAUGCUCAUUCCCAUGCUCAUCCCCAUGCUCAUUCCCAUGCUCAUUCCCAUGCUCAUUCCCAUGCUCAUUCCCAUGCUCAUCCCAUGCUCAUUCCCAUGCUCAUUCCCAUGCUCAUUUCCCAUGCUCAUUCCCAUGCUCAUUCCCAUGCUCAUCCCCAUGCUCAUCCCCAUGCUCAUCCCAUGCUCAUCCCCCCAUGCUCAUUCCCAUGCUCAUUCCCAUGCUCAUUCCCAUGCUCAUUCCCAUGCUCAUUCCCAUGCUCAUUCCCAUGCUCAUUCCCAUGCUCAUUCCCAUGCUCAUUCCCAUGCUCAUUCCCAUGCUCAUUCCAUGCUCAUUCCCAUGCUCAUUCCCAUGCUCAUUCCCAUGCUCAUUCCCAUGCUCAUUCCCAUGCUCAUUCCCAUGCUCAUUCCAUGCUCAUUCCCAUGCUCAUUCCCAUGCUCAUUCCCAUGCUCAUUCCCAGGCUCAUUCCCAUGCUCAUUCCCAUGCUCAUUCCAUGCUCAUUCCCAUGCUCAUUCCCAUGCUCAUUCCCAUGCUCAUUCCCAUGCUCAUUCCCAUGCUCAUUCCCAUGCUCAUUCCCAUGCUCAUCCCAUGCUCUCCCAUGCUCAUUCCCAUGCUCAUUCCCAUGCUCAUAUCCCAUGCUCAUUCCAUGCUCAUUCCCAUGCUCAUUCCCAUGCUCAUUCCCAUGCUCAUUCCCAUGCUCAUUCCCAUGCUCAUUCCCAUGCUCAUUCCCAUGCUCAUUCCCAUGCUCAUUCCCAUGCUCAUUCCAUGCUCAUUCCCAUGCUCAUUCCCAUGCUCAUUCCCAUGCUCAUUCCCAUGCUCAUUCCCAUGCUCAUUCCCAUGCUCAUUCCCAUGCUCAUCCCCAUGCUCAUCCCCAUGCUCAUCCCCAUGCUCAUCCCCAUGCUCAUCCCAUGCUCAUUCCCAUGCUCAUCCCGCAUGCUCAUCCCAUGCUCAUCCCAUGCUCAUCCCCAUGCUCAUUCCCAUGCUCAUCCCAUGCUCAUCCCCAUGCUCAUUCCCAUGCUCAUCCCAUGCUCAGCCCAUGCUCAUCCCCAUGCUCAUUCCCAUGCUCAUUCCCAUGCUCAUCCCCAUGCUCAUCCCCAUGCUCAUCCCCAUGCUCAUUCCCAUGCUCAUUCCCAUGCUCAUCCCCAUGCUCAUCCCCAUGCUCAUCCCCAUGCUCAUUCCCAUGCUCAUCCCCAUGCUCAUCCCCAUGCUCAUCCCCAUGCUCAUUCCCCAUGCUCAUCCCCAUGCUCAUCCCAUGCUCAUCCCCAUGCUCAUCCCCAUGCUCAUUCCCAUGCUCAUUCCCAUGCUCAUUCCCAUGCUCAUUCCCAUGCUCAUCCCCAUGCUCAUUCCCAUGCUCAUUCCCAUGCUCAUUCCCAUGCUCAUUCCCAUGCUCUAUCCCAUGCUCAUUCCCAUGCUCAUUCCCAUGCUCAUUCCCAUGCUCAUUCCCAUGCUCAUUCCAUGCUCAUUCCCAUGCUCAUUCCCAUGCUCAUUCCCAUGCUCAUUCCCAUGCUCAUUCCCCAUGCUCAUUCCCAUGCUCAUUCCCAUGCUCAUUCCAUGCUCAUUCCCAUGCUCAUUCCCAUGCUCAUUCCCAUGCUCAUUCCCAUGCUCAUUCCCAUGCUCAUUCCCAUGCUCAUUCCCAUGCUCAUUCCAUGCUCAUUCCCAUGCUCAUUCCCAUGCUCAUUCCCAUGCUCAUUCCCAUGCUCAUUCCCAUGCAUUCCAUGCUCAUUCCCAUGCUCAUUCCAUGCUCAUUCCCAUGCUCAUUCCCCAUGCUCAUUCAUUCCCAUGCUCAUCCCAUGCUCAUCCCCAUGCUCAUUCCCAUGCUCAUUCCCAUGCUCAUUCCCCAUGCUCAUUCCCAUGCUCAUCCCCAUGCUCAUCCCCAUGCUCAUCCCCAUGCUCAUCCCCAUGCUCAUUCCCAUGCUCAUUCCCAUGCUCAUUCCCAUGCUCAUCCCCAUGCUCAUCCCAUGCUCAUUCCCCAUGCUCAUCCCCAUGCUCAUUCCCAUGCUCAUCCCAUGCUCAUUCCCAUGCUCAUCCCCAUGCUCAUCCCCAUGCUCAUCCCCAUGCUCAUUCCCAUGCUCAUUCCCAUGCUCAUUCCCCAUGCUCAUUCCCAUGCUCAUUCCCAUGCUCAUCCCCAUGCUCAUUCCCAAUGCUCAUCCCCAUGCUCAUUCCCAUGCUCAUCCCCAUGCUCAUUCCCAUGCUCAUCCCCAUGCUCAUCCCCAUGCUCAUUCCCAUGCUCAUUCCCAUGCUCAUUCCAUGCUCAUUCCCAUGCUCAUCCCCAUGCUCAUCCCCAUGCUCAUUCCCAUGCUCAUCCCCAUGCUCAUUCCCAUGCUCAUCCCCAUGCUCAUUCCCAUGCUCAUUCCCAUGCUCAUCCCAUGCUCAUUCCCAUGCUCAUUCCCAUGCUCAUUCCCAUGCUCAUCCCCAUGCUCAUCCCCAUGCUCAUUCCCAUGCUCAUCCCCAUGCUCAUUCCCAUGCUCAUCCCCAUGCUCAUUCCCAUGCUCAUCCCCAUGCUCAUCCCAUGCUCAUUCCCAUGCUCAUCCCCAUGCUCAUUCCCAUGCUCAUCCCCAUGCUCAUUCCAUGCUCAUCCCCAUGCUCAUUCCCAUGCUCAUCCCCAUGCUCAUCCCCAUGCUCAUUCCCAUGCUCAUUCCCCAUGCUCAUUCCCAUGCUCAUUCCCAUGCUCAUCCCCAUGCUCAUUCCCAUGCUCAUCCCCAUGCUCAUUCCCAUGCUCAUCCCAUGCUCAUUCCCCAUGCUCAUUCCCCAUGCUCAUCCCCAUGCUCAUUCCCAUGCUCAUCCCCAUGCUCAUUCCCAUGCUCAUCCCCAUGCUCAUUCCCAUGCUCAUCCCCAUGCUCAUUCCCAUGCUCAUCCCCAUGCUCAUUCCCAUGCUCAUUCCCAUGCUCAUUCCCAUGCUCAUUCCCAUGCUCAUUCCCAUGCUCAUCCCCAUGCUCAUCCCCAUGCUCAUUCCCAUGCUCAUCCCCAUGCUCAUUCCCAUGCUCAUCCCCAUGCUCAUUCCCAUGCUCAUCCCAUGCUCAUUCCCAUGCUCAUUCCCAUGCUCAUCCCAUGCUCAUCCCAUGCUCAUUCCCCAUGCUCAUCCCCAUGCUCAUUCCCCAUGCUCAUCCCCAUGCUCAUUCCCCAUGCUCAUCCCAUGCUCAUCCCCAUGCUCAUUCCCAUGCUCAUUCCCAUGCUCAUUCCCCAUGCUCAUUCCCAUGCUCAUUCCCAUGCUCAUUCCCAUGCUCAUUCCCAUGCUCAUCCCCAUGCUCAUCCCCAUGCUCAUUCCCAUGCUCAUCCCCAUGCUCAUUCCCAUGCUCAUCCCCAUGCUCAUUCCCAUGCUCAUUCCCAUGCUCAUCCCCAUGCUCAUUCCCAUGCUCAUUCCCAUGCUCAUUCCCAUGCUCAUCCCCAUGCUCAUCCCCAUGCUCAUUCCCAUGCUCAUCCCCAUGCUCAUUCCCAUGCUCAUCCCCAUGCUCAUUCCCAUGCUCAUCCCCAUGCUCAUCCCCAUGCUCAUUCCCAUGCUCAUCCCCAUGCUCAUUCCCAUGCUCUAUCCCCAUGCUCAUCUCCCAUGCUCAUCCCCAUGCUCAUUCCCAUGCUCAUCCCCAUGCUCAUCCCAUGCUCAUUCCCAUGCUCAUUCCCAUGCUCAUUCCCAUGCUCAUUCCCAUGCUCAUCCCCAUGCUCAUCCCCAUGCUCAUUCCCAUGCUCAUCCCCAUGCUCAUUCCCAUGCUCAUCCCCAUGCUCAUCCCCAUGCUCAUUCCCAUGCUCAUCCCCAUGCUCAUUCCCAUGCUCAUCCCCAUGCUCAUUCCCAUGCUCAUCCCCAUGCUCAUUCCCAUGCUCAUCCCAUGCUCAUCCCCAUGCUCAUUCCCAUGCUCAUUCCCAUGCUCAUUCCCAUGCUCAUUCCCCAUGCUCAUCCCCAUGCUCAUCCCCAUGCUCAUCCCCAUGCUCAUCCCCAUGCUCAUUCCCAUGCUCAUCCCCAUGCUCAUUCCCAUGCUCAUCCCCAUGCUCAUUCCCAUGCUCAUUCCCAUGCUCAUUCCCAUGCUCAUUCCCAUGCUCAUCCCCAUGCUCAUCCCCAUGCUCAUGUCCUCAUCUCCCAUGCUCAUCCCCAUGCUCAUCCCCAUGCUCAUUCCCAUGCUCAUCCCCAUGCUCAUUCCCAUGCUCAUUCCCAUGCUCAUCCCAUGCUCAUUCCCAUGCUCAUUCCCAUGCUCAUUCCCCAUGCUCAUUCCCAUGCUCAUCCCCAUGCUCAUUCCCAUGCUCAUUCCCAUGCUCAUCCCCAUGCUCAUUCCCAUGCUCAUCCCCAUGCUCAUUCCCAUGCUCAUCCCCAUGCUCAUCCCCAUGCUCAUUCCCAUGCUCAUCCCCAUGCUCAUUCCCAUGCUCAUCCCCAUGCUCAUUCCCAUGCUCAUCCCCAUGCUCAUUCCCCAUGCUCAUCCCCAUGCUCAUCCCAUGCUCAUUCCCCAUGCUCAUUUCCCAUGCUCAUCCCAUGCUCAUUCCCAUGCUCAUCCCCAUGCUCAUCCCCAUGCUCAUUCCCAUGCUCAUCCCAUGCUCAUUCCCAUGCUCAUCCCCAUGCUCAUCCCCAUGCUCAUUCCCAUGCUCAUCCCCAUGCUCAUUCCCAUGCUCAUCCCCAUGCUCAUUCCCAUGCUCAUCCCCAUGCUCAUUCCCAUGCUCAUCCCCAUGCUCAUCCCCAUGCUCAUUCCCAUGCUCAUUCCCAUGCUCAUUCCCAUGCUCAUUCCCAUGCUCAUUCCCAUGCUCAUUCCCCAUGCUCAUCCCCAUGCUCAUUCCCAUGCUCAUCCCCAUGCUCAUCCCCAUGCUCAUUCCCAUGCUCAUCCCCAUGCUCAUUCCCAUGCUCAUUCCCAUGCUCAUUCCCAUGCUCAUUCCCAUGCUCAUCCCCAUGCUCAUUCCCAUGCUCAUCCCCAUGCUCAUUCCCAUGCUCAUCCCCAUGCUCAUCCCAUGCUCAUUCCCAUGCUCAUCCCCAUGCUCAUUCCCAUGCUCAUCCCCAUGCUCAUUCCCAUGCUCAUCCCCAUGCUCAUUCCCAUGCUCAUCCCCAUGCUCAUCCCAUGCUCAUUCCCAUGCUCAUUCCCAUGCUCAUUCCCAUGCUCAUUCCCAUGCUCAUCCCAUGCUCAUCCCCAUGCUCAUUCCCAUGCUCAUCCCAUGCUCAUUCCCCAUGCUCAUUCCCCAUGCUCAUCCCCAUGCUCAUUCCCAUGCUCAUCCCCAUGCUCAUUCCCAUGCUCAUUCCCCAUGCUCAUCCCCAUGCUCAUUCCCAUGCUCAUCCCCAUGCUCAUUCCCAUGCUCAUCCCAUGCUCAUUCCCAUGCUCAUCCCCAUGCUCAUUCCCCAUGCUCAUUCCCAUGCUCAUUCCCAUGCUCAUUCCCAUGCUCAUUCCCAUGCUCAUCCCAUGCUCAUCCCCAUGCUCAUUCCCAUGCUCAUCCCCAUGCUCAUUCCCAUGCUCAUCCCCAUGCUCAUUCCCAUGCUCAUCCCCAUGCUCAUCCCCAUGCUCAUUCCCAUGCUCAUCCCCAUGCUCAUUCCCAUGCUCAUCCCCAUGCUCAUUCCCAUGCUCAUCCCCAUGCUCAUUCCCAUGCUCAUCCCCAUGCUCAUCCCCAUGCUCAUUCCCAUGCUCAUUCCCAUGCUCAUUCCCAUGCUCAUUCCCAUGCUCAUCCCCAUGCUCAUCCCCAUGCUCAUUCCCAUGCUCAUCCCCAUGCUCAUUCCCAUGCUCAUACCCAUGCUCAUCCCCAUGCUCAUUCCCAUGCUCAUCCCCAUGCUCAUUCCCAUGCUCUCCCAUGCUCAUCCCCAUGCUCAUUCCCAUGCUCAUCCCCAUGCUCAUUCCCAUGCUCAUCCCCAUGCUCAUCCCCAUGCUCAUCCCCAUGCUCAUUCCCAUGCUCAUUCCCAUGCUCAUUCCCAUGCUCAUCCCCAUGCUCAUCCCCAUGCUCAUCCCCAUGCUCAUUCCCAUGCUCAUUCCCAUGCUCAUCCCCAUGCUCAUUCCCAUGCUCAUUCCCAUGCUCAUUCCCAUGCUCAUUCCCAUGCUCAUCCCCAUGCUCAUCCCCAUGCUCAUCCCCAUGCUCAUCCCCAUGCUCAUCCCCAUGCUCAUCCCCAUGCUCAUCCCCAUGCUCAUCCCCAUGCUCAUUCCCAUGCUCAUCCCCAUGCUCAUUCCCAUGCUCAUCCCCAUGCUCAUUCCCAUGCUCAUCCCCAUGCUCAUCCCCAUGCUCAUUCCCAUGCUCAUCCCCAUGCUCAUUCCCAUGCUCAUGCUCAUUCCCAUGCUCAUCCCCAUGCUCAUUCCCAUGCUCAUCCCCAUGCUCAUCCCCAUGCUCAUCCCAUGCCCAUGCUCAUUCCCAUGCUCAUUCCCAUGCUCAUUCCCAUGCUCAUCCCAUGCUCAUCCCCAUGCUCAUUCCCAUGCUCAUCCCCAUGCUCAUUCCCAUGCUCAUCCCCAUGCUCAUUCCCAUGCUCAUCCCCAUGCUCAUCCCAUGCUCAUUCCCAUGCUCAUCCCCAUGCUCAUUCCCAUGCUCAUGCUCAUUCCCAUGCUCAUCCCCAUGCUCAUUCCCAUGCUCAUCCCCAUGCUCAUCCCCAUGCUCAUUCCCAUGCUCAUUCCCAUGCUCAUUCCCAUGCUCAUUCCCAUGCUCAUCCCCAUGCUCAUCCCCAUGCUCAUUCCCAUGCUCAUCCCCAUGCUCAUUCCCAUGCUCAUCCCCAUGCUCAUCCCCAUGCUCAUUCCCAUGCUCAUCCCCAUGCUCAUUCCCAUGCUCAUCCCCAUGCUCAUUCCCAUGCUCAUCCCCAUGCUCAUUCCCAUGCUCAUCCCCAUGCUCAUCCCCAUGCUCCCAUGCUCAUUCCCAUGCUCAUUCCCAUGCUCAUUCCCAUGCUCAUCCCCAUGCUCAUCCCCAUGCUCAUCCCCAUGCUCAUUCCCAUGCUCAUCCCAUGCUCAUUCCCAUGCUCAUUCCCAUGCUCAUUCCCAUGCUCAUUCCCAUGCUCAUCCCCAUGCUCAUUCCCAUGCUCAUUCCCAUGCUCAUUCCCAUGCUCAUUCCCAUGCUCAUUCCCAUGCUCAUCCCCAUGCUCAUUCCCAUGCUCAUCCCCAUGCUCAUCCCCAUGCUCAUCCCCAUGCUCAUCCCCAUGCUCAUUCCCAUGCUCAUCCCCAUGCUCACUCCCAUGCUCAUCCCCAUGCUCAUUCCCAUGCUCAUCCCCAUGCUCAUUCCCAUGCUCAUCCCCAUGCUCAUCCCCAUGCUCAUUCCCAUGCUCAUUCCCAUGCUCAUUCCCAUGCUCAUUCCCAUGCUCAUCCCCAUGCUCAUCCCCAUGCUCAUCCCCAUGCUCAUUCCCAUGCUCAUCCCCAUGCUCAUCCCCAUGCUCAUCCCAUGCUCAUUCCCAUGCUCAUCCCCAUGCUCAUUCCCAUGCUCAUCCCCAUGCUCAUUCCCAUGCUCAUCCCCAUGCUCAUCCCCAUGCUCAUUCCCAUGCUCAUCCCCAUGCUCAUUCCCAUGCUCAUCCCCAUGCUCAUUCCCAUGCUCAUCCCCAUGCUCAUUCCCAUGCUCAUCCCCAUGCUCAUCCCCAUGCUCAUUCCCAUGCUCAUUCCCAUGCUCAUUCCCAUGCUCAUUCCCAUGCUCAUCCCCAUGCUCAUCCCCAUGCUCAUCCCCAUGCUCAUCCCCAUGCUCAUUCCCAUGCUCAUCCCCAUGCUCAUUCCCAUGCUCAUUCCCAUGCUCAUUCCCAUGCUCAUUCCCAUGCUCAUCCCAUGCUCAUCCCCAUGCUCAUCCCCAUGCUCAUCCCCAUGCUCAUCCCCAUGCUCAUCCCCAUGCCUCAUCCCCAUGCUCAUCCCAUGCUCAUCCCAUGCUCAUUCCCAUGCUCAUCCCCAUGCUCAUUCCCAUGCUCAUCCCCAUGCUCAUUCCCAUGCUCAUUCCAUGCUCAUCCCAUGCUCAUUCCCAUGCUCAUCCCCAUGCUCAUUCCCAUGCUCAUCCCCAUGCUCAUUCCCAUGCUCAUCCCCAUGCUCAUUCCCAUGCUCAUCCCCAUGCUCAUCCCCAUGCUCAUUCCCAUGCUCAUUCCCAUGCUCAUUCCCAUGCUCAUUCCAUGCUCAUCCCCAUGCUCAUCCCCAUGCUCAUUCCCAUGCUCAUCCCCAUGCUCAUUCCCAUGCUCAUCCCCAUGCUCAUUCCCAUGCUCAUCCCCAUGCUCAUCCCCAUGCUCAUUCCCAUGCUCAUCCCCAUGCUCAUUCCCAUGCUCAUCCCCAUGCUCAUUCCCAUGCUCAUCCCCAUGCUCAUUCCCAUGCUCAUCCCCAUGCUCAUCCCCAUGCUCAUUCCCAUGCUCAUUCCCAUGCUCAUUCCCAUGCUCCAUGCUCAUCCCCAUGCUCAUCCCCAUGCUCAUUCCCAUGCUCAUCCCCAUGCUCAUUCCCAUGCUCAUCCCCAUGCUCAUCCCCAUGCUCAUUCCCAUGCUCAUCCCCAUGCUCAUUCCCAUGCUCAUCCCCAUGCUCAUUCCCAUGCUCAUCCCCAUGCUCAUUCCCAUGCUCAUCCCCAUGCUCAUCCCCAUGCUCAUUCCCAUGCUCAUUCCCAUGCUCAUUCCCAUGCUCAUUCCCAUGCUCAUCCCCAUGCUCAUCCCCAUGCUCAUCCCCAUGCUCAUUCCCAUGCUCAUUCCCAUGCUCAUCCCCAUGCUCAUUCCCAUGCUCAUUCCCAUGCUCAUUCCCAUGCUCAUUCCCAUGCUCAUCCCCAUGCUCAUUCCCAUGCUCAUUCCCAUGCUCAUUCCCAUGCUCAUUCCCAUGCUCAUUCCCAUGCUCAUCCCCAUGCUCAUUCCCAUGCUCAUCCCCAUGCUCAUUCCCCAUGCUCAUCCCCAUGCUCAUCCCCAUGCUCAUUCCCAUGCUCAUCCCCAUGCUCAUUCCCAUGCUCAUCCCCAUGCUCAUUCCCAUGCUCAUCCCCAUGCUCAUUCCCAUGCUCAUCCCCAUGCUCAUCCCAUGCUCAUUCCCAUGCUCAUUCCCAUGCUCAUUCCCAUGCUCAUUCCCAUGCUCAUCCCCAUGCUCAUCCCCAUGCUCAUCCCCAUGCUCAUUCCCAUGCUCAUCCCCAUGCUCAUCCCCAUGCUCAUUCCCAUGCUCAUUCCCAUGCUCAUUCCCAUGCUCAUUCCCAUGCUCAUCCCCAUGCUCAUUCCCAUGCUCAUCCCCAUGCUCAUCCCCAUGCUCAUUCCCAUGCUCAUUCCCAUGCUCAUUCCCAUGCUCAUUCCCAUGCUCAUUCCCAUGCUCAUUCCCAUGCUCAUUCCCAUGCUCAUAUCCAUGCUCAUCCCCAUGCUCAUUCCCAUGCUCAUCCCCAUGCUCAUCCCAUGCUCAUUCCAUGCUCAUUCCCAUGCUCAUUCCCAUGCUCAUUCCCAUGCUCAUUCCCAUGCUCAUUCCCAUGCUCAUUCCCAUGCUCAUUCCCAUGCUCAUUCCCAUGCUCAUUCCCAUGCUCAUUCCCAUGCUCAUUCCCAUGCUCAUUCCCAUGCUCAUUCCCAUGCUCAUUCCCAUGCUCAUCCCCAUGCUCAUCCCCAUGCUCAUUCCCAUGCUCAUCCCCAUGCUCAUUCCCAUGCUCAUUCCCAUGCUCAUUCCCAUGCUCAUUCCCAUGCUCAUUCCCCAUGCUCAUUCCCAUGCUCAUUCCCAUGCUCAUUCCCCUGCUCAUUCCCAUGCUCAUUCCCAUGCUCAUUCCCAUGCUCAUUCCCAUGCUCAUUCCCAUGCUCAUUCCCAUGCUCAUUCCCAUGCUCAUUCCCAUGCUCAUCCCCAUGCUCAUUCCCAUGCUCAUCCCCAUGCUCAUCCCCAUGCUCAUUCCCAUGCUCAUUCCCAUGCUCAUUCCCAUGCUCAUUCCCAUGCUCAUCCCCCAUGCUCAUUCCCAUGCUCAUCCCCAUGCUCAUCCCCAUGCUCAUUCCCAUGCUCAUUCCCAUGCUCAUUCCCAUGCUCAUUCCCAUGCUCAUUCCAUGCUCAUUCCCAUGCUCAUUCCCAUGCUCAUUCCCAUGCUCAUCCCCAUGCUCAUUCCCAUGCUCAUCCCCAUGCUCAUCCCCAUGCUCAUUCCCAUGCUCAUUCCCAUGCUCAUUCCCAUGCUCAUUCCCAUGCUCAUUCCCAUGCUCAUUCCCAUGCUCAUUCCCAUGCUCAUUCCCAUGCUCAUUCCCAUGCUCAUCCCCAUGCUCAUUCCCAUGCUCAUCCCCAUGCUCAUCCCCAUGCUCAUUCCCAUGCUCAUUCCCAUGCUCAUUCCCAUGCUCAUUCCCAUGCUCAUCCCCAUGCUCAUUCCCAUGCUCAUCCCCAUGCUCAUCCCCAUGCUCAUUCCCAUGCUCAUUCCCAUGCUCAUUCCCAUGCUCAUUCCCAUGCUCAUUCCCAUGCUCAUUCCCAUGCUCAUUCCCAUGCUCAUCCCCAUGCUCAUCCCAUGCUCAUUCCCCAUGCUCAUUCCCCAUGCUCAUCCCCAUGCUCAUUCCCAUGCUCAUUCCCAUGCUCAUUCCCAUGCUCAUUCCCAUGCUCAUUCCCAUGCUCAUUCCCAUGCUCAUUCCCAUGCUCAUUCCCAUGCUCAUUCCCAUGCUCAUUCCCAUGCUCAUUCCCAUGCUCAUUCCCAUGCUCAUUCCCAUGCUCAUUCCCAUGCUCAUCCCAUGCUCAUCCCAUGCUCAUUCCCAUGCUCAUUCCCAUGCUCAUCCCCAUGCUCAUUCCCCAUGCUCAUUCCCAUGCUCAUUCCCAUGCUCAUUCCCCAUGCUCAUCCCCAUGCUCAUUCCCAUGCUCAUCCCCAUGCUCAUUCCCAUGCUCAUCCCCAUGCUCAUUCCCAUGCUCAUCCCCAUGCUCAUUCCCCAUGCUCAUCCCCAUGCUCAUUCCCAUGCUCAUCCCCAUGCUCAUUCCCAUGCUCAUCCCCAUGCUCAUUCCCAUGCUCAUCCCCAUGCUCAUUCCCAUGCUCAUUCCCAUGCUCAUUCCCAUGCUCAUUCCCAUGCUCAUUCCCAUGCUCAUCCCAUGCUCAUUCCCAUGCUCAUCCCCAUGCUCAUUCCCAUGCUCAUCCCCAUGCUCAUUCCCAUGCUCAUUCCCCAUGCUCAUUCCCAUGCUCAUUCCCAUGCUCAUCCCCAUGCUCAUUCCCAUGCUCAUCCCCAUGCUCAUUCCCAUGCUCAUCCCCAUGCUCAUCCCCAUGCUCAUCCCCAUGCUCAUCCCCAUGCUCAUCCCCAUGCUCAUUCCCAUGCUCAUCCCCAUGCUCAUUCCCAUGCUCAUCCCCAUGCUCAUUCCCAUGCUCAUUCCCAUGCUCAUUCCCAUGCUCAUUCCCAUGCUCAUCCCCAUGCUCAUUCCCAUGCUCCAUUCCCAUGCUCAUUCCCAUGCUCAUUCCCAUGCUCAUUCCCAUGCUCAUUCCCAUGCUCAUUCCCAUGCUCAUUCCCAUGCUCAUUCCCAUGCUCAUUCCCAUGCUCAUUCCCAUGCUCAUUCCCAUGCUCAUCCCCAUGCUCAUUCCCAUGCUCAUCCCAUGCUCAUCCCAUGCUCAUUCCCAUGCUCAUUCCCAUGCUCAUUCCCAUGCUCAUUCCCAUGCUCAUCCCCAUGCUCAUUCCCAUGCUCAUUCCCAUGCUCAUUCCCAUGCUCAUUCCCAUGCUCAUUCCCAUGCUCAUUCCCAUGCUCAUUCCCAUGCUCAUUCCCAUGCUCAUUCCCAUGCUCAUUCCCAUGCUCAUCCCCAUGCUCAUCCCCAUGCUCAUCCCCAUGCUCAUUCCCAUGCUCAUUCCCAUGCUCAUUCCCAUGCUCAUUCCCAUGCUCAUUCCCAUGCUCAUUCCCAUGCUCAUUCCCAUGCUCAUUCCCAUGCUCAUUCCCAUGCUCAUUCCCAUGCUCAUUCCCAUGCUCAUUCCCAUGCUCAUUCCCAUGCUCAUUCCCAUGCUCAUUCCCAUGCUCAUCCCAUGCUCAUUCCCAUGCUCAUCCCCAUGCUCAUUCCCAUGCUCAUUCCCAUGCUCAUUCCCAUGCUCAUCCCCAUGCUCAUCCCCAUGCUCAUUCCCAUGCUCAUCCCCAUGCUCAUUCCCAUGCUCAUCCCCAUGCUCAUUCCCAUGCUCAUCCCCAUGCUCAUCCCCAUGCUCAUCCCCAUGCUCAUUCCCAUGCUCAUCCCCAUGCUCAUUCCCAUGCUCAUCCCCAUGCUCAUUCCCAUGCUCAUCCCCAUGCUCAUUCCCAUGCUCAUCCCCAUGCUCAUUCCCAUGCUCAUUCCCAUGCUCAUUCCCAUGCUCAUUCCCAUGCUCAUCCCCAUGCUCAUCCCCAUGCUCAUUCCCAUGCUCAUCCCCAUGCUCAUUCCCAUGCUCAUUCCCAUGCUCAUUCCCAUGCUCAUCCCAUGCUCAUUCCCAUGCUCAUCCCCAUGCUCAUUCCCAUGCUCAUCCCCAUGCUCAUUCCCAUGCUCAUCCCCAUGCUCAUUCCCAUGCUCAUCCCCAUGCUCAUUCCAUGCUCAUCCCAUGCUCAUCCCCAUGCUCAUCCCAUGCUCAUUCCCAUGCUCAUCCCCAUGCUCAUUCCCAUGCUCAUCCCCAUGCUCAUUCCCAUGCUCAUCCCCAUGCUCAUUCCCAUGCUCAUUCCCAUGCUCAUCCCCAUGCUCAUUCCCAUGCUCAUCCCCAUGCUCAUCCCCAUGCUCAUUCCCAUGCUCAUUCCCAUGCUCAUCCCCAUGCUCAUUCCCAUGCUCAUCCCCAUGCUCAUUCCCAUGCUCAUCCCCAUGCUCAUUCCCAUGCUCAUUCCCAUGCUCAUCCCCAUGCUCAUUCCCAUGCUCAUCCCCAUGCUCAUUCCCAUGCUCAUCCCCAUGCUCAUCCCCAUGCUCAUCCCCAUGCUCAUCCCCAUGCUCAUCCCCAUGCUCAUUCCCAUGCUCAUCCCCAUGCUCAUUCCCAUGCUCAUCCCCAUGCUCAUCCCCAUGCUCAUCCCCAUGCUCAUCCCCAUGCUCAUCCCCAUGCUCAUUCCCAUGCUCAUCCCAUGCUCAUUCCCAUGCUCAUCCCAUGCUCAUUCCCAUGCUCAUCCCCAUGCUCAUCCCCAUGCUCAUUCCCAUGCUCAUCCCCAUGCUCAUCCCCAUGCUCAUUCCCAUGCUCAUCCCCAUGCUCAUUCCCAUGCUCAUCCCCAUGCUCAUUCCCAUGCUCAUCCCCAUGCUCAUCCCCAUGCUCAUCCCAUGCUCAUUCCCAUGCUCAUCAUCUAUCCCAUGCUCAUUCCCAUGCUCAUUCCCAUGCUCAUUCCCAUGCUCAUUCCCAUGCUCAUUCCCAUGCUCAUUCCCAUGCUCAUUCCCAUGCUCAUUCCCAUGCUCAUUCCCAUGCUCAUUCCCAUGCUCAUUCCCAUGCUCAUUCCCCAUGCUCAUUCCCAUGCUCAUCCCCAUGCUCAUUCCCAUGCUCAUUCCCCAUGCUCAUUCCCAUGCUCAUUCCAUGCUCAUUCCCAUGCUCAUUCCCAUGCUCAUUCCCAUCUCAUUCCCAUGCUCAUUCCCAUGCUCAUUCCCAUGCUCAUUCCCAUGCUCAUUCCCAUGCUCAUCCCCAUGCUCAUUCCCAUGCUCAUUCCCAUGCUCAUUCCCAUGCUCAUUCCCCAUGCUCAUUCCCAUGCUCAUUCCCAUGCUCAUUCCCCAUGCUCAUUCCCAUGCUCAUUCCCAUGCUCAUCCCAUGCUCAUCCCCAUGCUCAUUCCCAUGCUCAUCCCCAUGCUCAUCCCAUGCUCAUCCCAUGCUCAUCCCAUGCUCAUCCCCAUGCUCAUCCCCAUGCUCAUCCCCAUGCUCAUUCCCAUGCUCAUCCCCAUGCUCAUUCCCAUGCUCAUCCCCAUGCUCAUUCCCAUGCUCAUCCCCAUGCUCAUCCCCAUGCUCAUUCCCAUGCUCAUUCCCCAUGCUCAUUCCCAUGCUCAUCCCCAUGCUCAUUCCCAUGCUCAUCCCAUGCUCAUCCCAUGCUCAUCCAUGCUCAUUCCAUGCUCAUUCCCAUGCUCAUUCCCAUGCUCAUUCCCAUGCUCAUCCCCAUGCUCAUCCCCAUGCUCAUUCCCAUGCUCAUCCCAUGCUCAUUCCCAUGCUCAUUCCCAUGCUCAUUCCAUGCUCAUUCCCAUGCUCAUCCCCAUGCUCAUUCCCAUGCUCAUUCCCAUGCUCAUCCCAUGCUCAUCCCAUGCUCAUUCCCAUGCUCAUUCCCCAUGCUCAUUCCCCAUGCUCAUCCCCAUGCUCAUUCCCCAUGCUCAUCCCCAUGCUCAUUCCCAUGCUCAUCCCCAUGCUCAUUCCCAUGCUCAUCCCCAUGCUCAUUCCCCAUGCUCAUCCCCAUGCUCAUCCCCAUGCUCAUUCCCCAUGCUCAUUCCCAUGCUCAUCCCCAUGCUCAUUCCCAUGCUCAUCCCCAUGCUCAUUCCCAUGCUCAUCCCAUGCUCAUUUCCCAUGCUCAUUCCCAUGCUCAUCCCAUGCUCAUUCCCAUGCUCAUCCCCAUGCUCAUCCCCAUGCUCAUUCCCAUGCUCAUCCCCAUGCUCAUUCCCCAUGCUCAUCCCAUGCUCAUCCCAUGCUCAUUCCCAUGCUCAUCCCCAUGCUCAUUCCCAUGCAUCAUUCCCAUGCUCAUCCCCAUGCUCAUUCCCAUGCUCAUCCCCAUGCUCAUCCCCAUGCUCAUUCCCAUGCUCAUCCCCAUGCUCAUCCCCAUGCUCAUCCCCAUGCUCAUUCCCAUGCUCAUCCCCAUGCUCAUUCCCAUGCUCAUCCCAUGCUCAUUCCCCAUGCUCAUCCCCAUGCUCAUUCCCAUGCUCAUCCCCAUGCUCAUCCCCAUGCUCAUCCCCAUGCUCAUUCCCAUGCUCAUCCCCAUGCUCAUUCCCAUGCUCAUCCCCAUGCUCAUUCCCAUGCUCAUCCCCAUGCUCAUCCCCAUGCUCAUCCCCAUGCUCAUCCCCAUGCUCAUCCCCAUGCUCAUUCCCAUGCUCAUUCCCCAUGCUCAUUCCCCAUGCUCAUCCCCAUGCUCAUCCCCAUGCUCAUCCCAUGCUCAUCCCCAUGCUCAUCCCCAUGCUCAUCCCAUGCUCAUCCCCAUGCUCAUUCCCCAUGCUCAUCCCCAUGCUCAUCCCCAUGCUCAUCCCCAUGCUCAUUCCCAUGCUCAUCCCCAUGCUCAUUCCCAUGCUCAUCCCCAUGCUCAUUCCCAUGCUCAUCCCCAUGCUCAUCCCCAUGCUCAUCUCAUCCCAUGCUCAUCCCAUGCUCAUCCCAUGCUCAUUCCCAUGCUCAUCCCAUGCUCAUUCCCAUGCUCAUCCCCAUGCUCUCCCCAUGCUCAUCCCCAUGA